UUCAGGGUUCUGAUACUGAGGGGGUUUCUCAGAUGUCACCAAUAUCACAGAGGUUUCGGUGCCAAUGAGUCACUGGAAAUACCCAUGACGGCACAUUUGAAAUCCCCCCUUUCCAUAUUUUGCUCGUACUUGUAGAGUGUCGGCGUUGCUUUUGCCUUUUGGGGUAGUACACUGCUUCUCAGUGCUGGGCACCAGGUAGCUUGUGAAGUAUCUCCAGACGACAAUGCCUACACGCUACGUUCUGAAGAUUCCCUGUCCUAUCUCGGGAUGCUCCGGGCAGUCCAAGCUCUCCCAAUGGGUGUGCGCGCGAGACAACGGCACCAUGUAUGUAGACGAGGACGGCUACCUGUCCUGUUACUCCAACAACCACCGCGCCAAAAUCAUCUACUGGAGGUUCGAUUGUGGCGAGAGGGGCUCAGGGAGCAAGCACAACUACGAGAGAUACCAGUCAGCGGAUCUGGAAGGGUUCUCCCAUGCCAUGGCUAUCGGCCUGCCUCACCUGAAGGAAGCUGGAGCAGUCUGGGUCACCAAACUCAUACAGAGCGUCGAAAAUCAGUUUGUAAACGGAGACUACUAACGCCAGACGAGGCACCCAAUCAAACAGUAGCGUUGGUAUAGAAUCGUAAUCAAGAGUAUUGCGGCUCUGCAUAAAAAAGCAUUUUAUGUCAAAAGAUGUUAGUUACUAUUUUACCGUUAUGCUGAAAGGUCAAAAAACACUUUUGUGGCUUUGACACAAAUAUAUUCAAGAUAUGAUGUCAUCAUCCAUGCACAAAGUGCCCAGUUAGUGCGCAGGACUAACCAUGUUAUCUAGCUAAUACAUUGCAGUACCUUGGACUAGAUGUCCUAAAUCACUCAUUCCGGUGGAUGGUUGGAUUAAAACGCUGUUCACGUUGUGAAGGAAAAGUUCAUUAAUCGCGUAUGGCGGAUAUUGUGAAACUUUGGCGACUUGAAUUGUUGUCGAUAUUUUAAUCUUGUACUGUUGUGUUCACAUGUUGUGUUCAACUAUACCACCAUGUUUGCGAUAAGAUUGCUAAACGCUGAAACAGGUAACCUGGUUAUUAUCGUUUGUAUAUACAGUGAACUACUUAUUGAGUCACGUGAUUGAUAGAGGAGGAGAAUGACUUAUUUCAAUAGCUACGAGUUGGCCAUGAAGAAGAUCACGAU